AUGUCAUCUGUUAGCCAAGUAGGUAAAUAUGUUGUUCAGAUUAGAGAAAAGCUCAAUGAGCUUAAACAGCAAGGUGAUGUAAUCGGAACAUUCAGAGAUACACCGACUUUUCGUGAUUCCAUCAAUUCAAAUGUCAAAGACAUUACACAAUUAGCUGCUGCUUCCAAGAGGCUUCUUACAGAACUCAGAGAGAAAGAAACACCAGGAUUAGAUCAAUAUGAGCAAGAAUACGAAGAAUUAAAUACAGAGCUUAGAAGAGAACUCCCACCAAUUGUCCAGAAGCUUAAGAAUUCUUCUCAAGAUGGUGGUGCUGGACCUGGUGGAGCUAGCACUAGUACAAUGCAGUCAUCUCUUCUUGAUCAACAAGUUGUUGAUGGAGAAUCAGAACAGCUUGAGGAACUCGAAGUUCAAGUUAGAGAGAUUCUUUCUACAAUGAGAGAAGUUAACGAAAUCUUCACAAAGACCCUUGAAGAACUCCAGCGUCAGAAUCAUAUGGUUGUCGGAAUUAGUGAUACUGUCGCUGAAUCCAAGAAUGCUAUGGUCAAGGGUAAUGAACAACUUGAAAGAGGUAAGCAGCACCAGAAGGCAAGCACAAGAUGUCUUUUAUGGAUAUUCUUAUUCGUCCUCCUUGUUGUUGCUGGUAUUGUCAUUUUCGUUGUAGUCAAGUACACAGGUAAGAAAUCACCUACACCAUCACCAACACCUGCUCCAACAAACACUUCAGCCCCAACUCCAUAA